AUGGUGUUGCAGGAACUAGAAGAAGAGGUGUCUGGAGCUUACCUCUCUAAUGACAAAAGCAAAUCUGAAAAACAACUUGUGGAGGAAGUGAGGAAGAAUGACACGUUGGUCAUCGUUGGUGAAACUGGAAGUGGGAAAACUACGCAAUUACCACAGUUCUUGUUCAAUGGGGGAUACUGUCGUGAUGGGAAAAUCAUUGGGAUCACUCAACCUCGUCGUGUUGCUGCUGUUACUGUUGCAAAACGUGUGGCAGAGGAAUGUGGUGUUGAGUUGGGUCAGAAGGUCGGUUACUCGAUAAGGUUUGAGGAUGUGACUUCCAGCUCAACGAGGAUCAAAUACAUGACAGAUGGCCUGCUAUUGAGGGAAGCACUAUUGGAUCCAUUACUUUCUAAGUAUUCAGUUAUCAUUGUUGAUGAAGCUCAUGAGAGAACUGUCCACACUGAUGUGUUACUAGGCUUGUUGAAAAAUGUACAAAAAGUGAGAUCACAUACCACAAACCAACAUGCUUAUCUUGAAAAGAUGAAAGUUCACCAUGGAACAAGUCUGAAAAAAGAAACUGAUGCUCAGAACUUCAGUUCUCUGAAGUCAUGCCAGGGUACAAAACUUCCUCCACUGAAGUUGAUCAUAAUGUCAGCAAGUUUGGAUGCAAAAGGUUUCUCUGAAUACUUUGAGGGUGCAAGAGCUGUUCAUAUUCAAGGGCGACCAUACCCUAUAGAUAUACUUUAUACCCAUUACGCUGAGCCAGAUUACCUAGAUGCAACCUUGAUUACUAUUUUUCAGAUUCAUUUGGAGGAGGGCCCUGGCGAUAUACUUGUAUUCUUAACUGGGCAAGAAGAGAUUGAAUCUGUAGAGAGACUUAUCCAAGAGCGAGUUCAACAAUUACCAGAAGAGACACAAAAGCUUUUGACUUGUCCUAUAUUUUCGUCUCUUCCCUCAGAGCAGCAAAUGCAAGUUUUUAGGCCGGCACCCUCUGGGUUUCGUAAGGUGAUACUGGCAACAAAUAUAGCUGAAACCUCAGUCACGAUUCCUAGAAUCAAAUAUGUUAUAGACCCUGGAUUCGUGAAAGCGCGUAGCUACAACCCACUUACAGGGAUCGAGUCGUUAAUUGUAAUUCCAACUUCAAAAGCUCAGGCUCUUCAGAGGAGUGGUCGUGCAGGGCGUGAAGGACCUGGGAAGUGCUUCCGACUUUACCCAGAGAGUGAAUUUAGUAAGCUUAGGGAUUCAACUGUGCCAGAGAUCAGGCGAUGCAACCUUUCCAAUGUCAUAUUACAGCUAAAAGCUUUGGGUGUUGAUGAUAUUAUUGGGUUUGAUUUCAUGGAAAAGCCAUCAAGGACGGCUAUUGUCAAAUCUCUGGAGCAAUUAUUCUUGCUUGGUGCUCUUACUGAUGAUUAUAAAUUGGCAAACCCGAUUGGGCAUCAAAUGGCCCGGUUGCCCUUGGACCCUAUCUAUUCCAGAGCUCUGAUCUUAGCAAGUGACUUUAAUUGCUUAGAAGAAAUGUUGAUAACAGUUGCUAUGCUUUCAGUGGAAUCCAUUUUUUAUGCCCCUCGUGAUAAAUUAGAAGAGGCAAGAGCUGCAUGGAAAAGGUUUGCAAGCUUAGAGGGGGACCAUCUCACCUUGGUGAACGUAUAUCGUGCUUCUAUAGAGAGUUUGGGGAAGACCAAAAUUGCAAACUAUAGAGACAAAGUAACUGAGAAGGGCUUGAGGAAAUGGUGCCUGGAAAAUUUCAUUAAUUACCGUUCCCUUCUCCAUGCUUUAGACAUUCGCAGUCAAAUACGAGGUCAUGUUGAGCAAAUGAGUCUUCGCAUUGCUUCUUGUGGAGAUGACAUGCUUCAGUUCCGUAGAUGCCUUGCUGCUUCAUUUUUCCUCAAUGCAGCAUUGAAGCAGCCUGAUGGAUCAUACAGGGCUUUGGCAAGUAGUCAGCUCGUGCAAAUCCAUCCUUCUUCAAUGUUAUUCCGGAUGAAGCCAGAGUGCAUUAUUUUCAAUGAACUGGUUAAAACAAAUCAUAAUUAUAUCCGCAAUGUAACGAGGAUUGACCCAUUAUGGUUACCUGAAUUGGCUCCUCAAUACUAUGCUACACAGAACUAGGGAUUGUGGUUCAAAUUCUGACAGGCACAGUGUGCAGAAAAGAAAUUAGAGAUUUGAACCAAAUUGAGACAUCUUGCAUAAGUACAAGUUUGAUUUCAAAGCCAUUUUGCAUUGUUGAGAAAGGGGAAAGAGCAUGAAAUUGAGUCGCUAAACAAUGCAAAUGAACCUGAAAGGUUAUGAAACUGCGAAGAACUUGGAAGAGAAAGUGAAACUCAAAAGUGAAUCGACAAGGGUACUAUGUCUUGAAGGAGUAGUGAGGCAUUACAUGGUUCUAAAGGUAGCUGAAGAUGAAGAAUGGUUGGACACGCUUGACUGAACAAGAGGGGGAAAAUUCUGCAGUACAGAGGUACAAACACUCUCUGGAAAGAGAUUUAUUAGGUAACUAAAAAUCUUGUAAUUGGUAAACAACUUUAGAAAACCUCUUUCGAUGGAUAAACAAAUUGCUCUCAAAUUGCAGGAAAUUCUCUGUAUAAUUUGACCUGGUUUUUCAGUUUACGUUUCACCAGAUAUAAGAUUUCAUGCUGAACUUGUAUUUAGAUUAAUUGUACAGAUAAUCUUGCCUUUUAAUAAAAUCCAGUUUUUAUUACGUUUUUA